AUGGCUCUCGUAGCCCAGAACGAGUUUGACGUGCUCUUCGGGACCAUGUACGCAUUAUGCUGUGCCAUCGAGAUGAGUAUGGUCGUCUCACACUGGGUCUGGCUGUUCCGAACUCGUGGGAUCCGUAAACGCGCGAAAGAAGCUGGCGUGAAGUUCGAUGAGUUCGAGGACGCAAUAACCUGGCAGGCUAAGGGUAUUGAUGUCGAGAAGAAGAUCUUGCGCUUCUUCUCGAAAAAGAGCAGGCUCGAAGAGAGUACGCACACACAUGGGAAUGGUACGGACACCCCGGUCAACCCGGAGGAGAUAACCCCAAAGACAGUCCCGAAUGCGGUUGUAUAA